GCUAACAAAAAAAGUUACACAGGGUCCGUGUGGGUGACAAACCGUGAAACCACGAGCUGGCUUGCCGACCCCGCGAGGUUUUAGUAAAGCUUCAUCAGUGAGUCUCUCGUCUCGAACUGACGGCCGGAGAGCCAGAGAGAAAAGCUGUUGCUCGCUGCUCCGCUACGAAACCGGAGAAGCUAAGAUUUCCGUUUGACCCGGGCCCGAGCUGACGAAAAGCUCUGUCGGGUUACAAGCAGGCUGGGAUUACGUCCUCGCUCUGCUAAGUGAGUGGUUGAACGGUACACUCAUGCUUUCCUGGCUUCCAAAUGCACUGUCUAGGCUAUAUCAGUGAUUGGUGGCGGUAGUAACACUAACAACUGACUAACGAGCUGCGUAUUAGACAACGAUUCUAAUUGGUUCUUUACAUCGACCAAUCAGCGGCCGGCUGUGUUGCUCAUCAUCUGCUUUUCUUUUUUGUUUAACUCUUUUUUUUUCGGGGAUGUUCAGUCAUAACUGUGUAUUGACUGUAAUUGUUCCGUAAACGCCGGCAGGACAAAACAGUCAACCUGUAUGGCUGAUCGCAGAUGAACUUGGGUUGUCUUUGGGUUCACCAUCGGGUUGUGCUAACCCAACAAAGAUCUUUUCAGUUGAGAGAAGUCGAGACUUCGUCAUAGUUGUCAUCAGUCGGUGUGUUGCCUACACCUUCCACACCACACCUGUACACCUACUCUACCAUUUUUACAUCGAGUUUAAGGUGUAAAAAAAUACUCAACAGUCAUGAUGGAACGACCGGUCAUAGAUAUGCAGACCAUGUCUUUACUGAGGGGGCCCUUGACAGAAAAGGGUGCCCGUAAACCUAAGUGCGCUCGCUGUCGCAAUCACGGUGUCAUCUCAUGGCUGAAAGGACAUAAACGACACUGUCGUUUCAGGGACUGUCGUUGUCCCAAAUGCAACCUGAUUGCCGAGCGACAGCGUGUCAUGGCGGCUCAGGUCGCAUUGAAGCGACAGCAAGCAGCGGAGGACGCCAUUGCGAUGGGUCUGCGUGCCUGCUCGCCUGGUGCUGGGGGUAGCUUCGGUAUGUUGUCAACUAACGGACCGCUGUUUGGUUCCUCAGACUCCGGGGACGAGUUGUCACCACGACCCAUGGAUAUUGCAGAUGAGGACGGUGACCAUCAUGAUAUCACUGAGAAACACAUGAAGAGUGAGUCGGCAAACGACAAAGAAAAUGGCCGAGGUACGCCCCCUAGCGGCCAGACUGAGCGCAACAACAACCACCGUCACUCCUCCAGCAAGAAGGGCAACGAGUCUCUGGACGCAUUCAAUGGCUUCGCAGCAAACUUCGUGUCCAACUUCCGCCCAGGUCGUCUGACACCCAUCGAGAUACUCACCCGGCUCUUCCCUACCCAGCGUAAGGCGGUACUCGAGCUGGUUCUACAAGGCUGCAGCGGGGAUCUGGUUAAGGCAAUUGAGCAUUUUCUAUCAGCCACUGAAGAUGCUGUUCAGCAUUCCCCUGGUACGGCAUCAGCCCUUCCACCCCCGUCUAUCUCACGUGGGGUGGUCGGUCAGCGAUCCGCCUUGGGUCACGAAGCAAGCAUCGGCCCGUCAGGAGUCCACGGACUACAGACCGCUUUCCGGUCUUCUUUGGGGAGUGAGAAGCACCCAGUAGGCAGUAUGAAGUCUGCAUUUACACCACUACCACCGUCCAGUGCUACUGGGUCAUCUGUACCGUUAUUUUUCGCUCCGAGACCACCCCAUCCUUUCCAUGCUGAAGCGCUCAUAGGACGUACACCUCUCUUUGCACCAUCGUCAGUUAGCGAUCUUACCUCCAGCAUGUCCAGCCAAGCCAUAGCAUCCCCUCGCUUCGCUUUCCCCGCCCUUCAUCCCUUCCACCUGUCGGGGAAGUUCCCCACCGGUGGGGAGGGGUACCCACGUCUGAUUUUCGCCCCUUACGCAACAUGUCCACCAGACUGUAUCCAGUGCCCCGGCACCAGGACCAGCAUGCAUAGCGAGCCAGAGAAAUCCCCGUCUGGUACCACAGAUGGCUCGAUAGCUAACAGUGCUGUGGAUUCGGAAUGAGAGACUAUGAAGAGACUAUUUAAAGGGACACUAUGUAAAUGUAAUUAUUUGUUCAUGUUGAUGUUUACCAGUAAACAAAUAUUUUUCGGUUGUAAGAAAUCCCUUUUAAAGCAUUAGAGUAAUACUUUGGCCUAGUUCACCAGUAAAGUUGUCAAUAUGUUGUUAACUGGUAUUUUGUUUCUAAUAAAUGGCGUAAGUUGUUUAAGUAUACUUUCCAAAAAGGAUCCCAAAGUUUACUCUCUAAGAGACCAAGGGAUCUAUCUGCAGAAAAUUUGAAAUCGAUUAUAACUUACCGCUUCCAAUUUCAAGCUGUUUCCCAUGAGACGAUCCAAUCGAUUCUCUGACAAUUUCGAGUCUUUGCGAAGCACUUAUUAACUCCAAUAUUUGACCUAUAAGAGCCCACACAACCCAGUGGUUUAAAUAUCAAAAAGCGACUGUUUGAGGUAGACUUUCCUCAACGUCUUCCAACAGUCGUUCAGCAUCUAGCUUGCAAACGCUUUUUGAGUACCAUAACUUGAAAAACCUUGUCAUAACAUUUAAAAAAAAAACUUGUUUUAUCCUUUUACUUUCGCGUCAUCAUUGGCGUGAAAGAGUUGUUUUAAGUUCCCUGCGCAUUUGUCAAAAGUUGAAGACCUAUUUUAUAAAAACGAAGGGGAUUAGCGUUGUUUUUCAAUUCAAGUCAAGUGUUUGCUCGUCCUCACUGUCUUUUUCUUUCCCCUCCUGUUUCCCGCUCACUCUAAAAGCCUUCGCUUUCCCGCGUGGCCCUUCAUAUAAAAAGCGCGAGCACCAAGUCCCCCACGAGACCGUUUAGAGUUGUUUUACCCAAUUUGCGGCGGAAUCGAAGUGAUAAACGGUUGAAGAGUGGUUCCGGCCCGAUGCUGUUGGUCUGGCAAACGUAUUCGGAGGGAAAAAGGGGGAAAGAAAGAAAAACGGGGGAAAAUCGACCCCUCUCUGGUGUGUUGUUUCGGAGUAUGUGAGUUUAUAUAUGCGGGCUUCAAGUGCUUGUCCGACGCGAGGGGGGGGGGGUCGCGUUAGGGGGAUUGAGCGACAUGUUUUAAUGGCUCGGAUUCUACUUGCUU